AUGUCGAAGGGAGUUAUGUAUCGAAAAUCAACUUUGAAAAAGUCAUAUGAUCGUAAUUCAAUACAUGUUGAUCGAAUAAGUGAUGAUGAACUGAAUCGACGACGAUUAUGUUAUCAAUUGAUUGACAAAGAGAAGCAACGAAACUUCGCAAUGAAUGAUUGUGAAAAGAGUAGGAGUCAACUAGAAAUGUUACGGGACAUACUUUUAAAAAAUCAAAAUAUUAAUGAUUUAAUACAGAAAUCCAAUGGUUCAGAUAGAAUAAUAUCGAAAAAUCAUCUUAAAAACGAUGGAAAGAUUUCUUCCGCCCAAAAGAUAAGACCUGCAUCAGCGAAAAACUACACGUUCAUCAACUACGAUCAAACGGAAGAAAACCUAUCAACGAACUCUACGGAAGAAGAACCAGUAGGGCAUCAAUCUUUUCGCCAUGCUCGCUCACAUGAAAGAAACGAUCAAAAACAUUCGAUAAUACGUUCACAUAGUCAUUAUUCAGAUACGAAUGACGUUCGAGCGAUGUCUAAGGUUUCAUUCAAUGCUCAUACGGAGAAAUCCAAUGAUCACGAAUCGAACAUGAAUACAUCAUCAAUUCAAUUAAGAAAAUUACUGGAUCGUCUGACGACCGAAUUGAGCGAUUUAGAAUCGAUGACAGGUUAUAAACCAACUCGCAACGAUCUAUCAUCGAAUACAUGUAGUCUUGCACUAGCUACCGCACUUCUCACACUUACGGGCCAUGUUAAACAAUGUACUCCGACUUCGAAAGGCAAACAAGAACUCAAUACACUCAAAGAUCAACUUUCGCUUGUUAUUAAAACACAACUAGAUUUUCAACAAAAGAUCGAGAAUCAAAUGACAACAUUACAAACCAUGAUGCAAACAAUUUGCCAACUAGUUAAUCACGAAAUUAUAUCCAAUAGAAAACCUUGCGGAUUUCAUCAUGAUCGCAAUCAGUUCGAUGGUCAAUCGUGUCAGAAUUGGACGAACAACGUACAAAAAUCGUACAUCGCACCCAAAGAACCAAACAAUGGAAUAGAAGAUCUACUUGCUCUGGCUCAACAAAUGACUAAUGAUACUAAUCUUCAUUCAGUUCAUAAUGAAAUGAAUGCGCCGAAACAACGUUCGACUGCCAUCACUCCAGUCGAACCUCCAACAUCGUAUAAUGUUUUCGCAUCAGGUCUUCUUUCUCAGGAUUCAUCGAUAAACGCACUUCGUAACGAACCGGAUAGCUCGAACACAGUUCCACCGCAUUCGAAGAAUGAAGCAUUACUGGCCAAGAUUCUUCAUGAACGUCUUCGCUUAGCUCAACAAAUGACCGAACUGAAUAAGCAGCACAAUACAACACAAGAAGAGUUAGCUGAACUCGAAGCGAAAACAAGACAACCAUGUACAAACGAAACUAAUGCAUAA